AGUGCUGCCCUACAUCAAUACAUUCUUAGUGUUUAUUUCGCAUUUACAUUGAUGAUGAUUUUUUACCAUAUUAUGGUAAAAACUGGUAUUGUUGUAUAUCCUUGGCACAAGUGGCAGUCUGGCACCGAUGGAUCGUCGGACCAGGAGCAUAGAGAAAUUCCCCCUGCCAAGGAUGUAGCCAAGUGGGGUGUCAAGGUUACCAUGACAAAUGCCACACUGGUAGGGACGUGUCCAAGGGCGUAUAGCUACGCUCCUGCAUCGAAUCAAUCAUUUGACAUUUGGAUAGCCUUUGAAUUUAAUAUUAAAUUGUCAACACUGCCUAAAUAAAUCAAAACAAACUUGUAACUAAACAUGUAAAAUACAUUUACACAUUAUUGUAUACCUCAAGUUCUGUCGUCGGAACAUGUAUGUUCAGGGUAAAGGUUGAAGAAAUACAAAAGUGUGUGAACCAGCGACGGAACCUUAAAUAUACAAUAAUGUGUGGUUACAUAGUUUCUGGUAUGUUCAACUUGACAAGAAAAGAAGAAGAGGAGACAAAAAGGCUAUUCCGAUGCCGGGAAUCUAACCCGGGACGCGUGCGUGAAAGGCACAAAUCAUAACCACUUGACUACAUCGGAUGUAUGUCUAGGAAUAAAUUCUAUUUAUCAUUUAAUAUGGCAGUAUGCACAAGAAAGUUUGAAUCAUCUCUAACAAAGACAGAUUUGAAACCAUUUCUGUCAUUGUCACGCAUAAUAGUGUUCGAUUCGUGAGGAUGAGGGGACCUUUAGCGAGAUUUAACUUUACCUUGAACUGUUCAUCACGUCCAGAUUUUUUUGUGCGAAAUAUCACUUUUUCAAGGGUGCUAGUGAGGUGAGUUAUCCGUGACAAAGUUCUUUUGUUCUGUUACCACGAUGGAAAAUGAAUAUUCCGAUAUUGGAGCAUGAAGACGAUAAAAAAAAAAGAUACUUGCUUGAACACCAAAAUCCAUGGCGAUCGUUUACCAUUCAGUAACACAUUCAAUUUAUGGUGCAACUCAACCUUCGAUGGUAUAGCUAUAUUGCAUAAAGGCUUUGGAGGACAGAAAAGUAUUUGGGAAAGAACUCGAAGAACAGAAGUACAACUUUCGAACUUUCUGCGAUACAAUUAUCCGAUCGAAAAAAUAUUCUUUAUACAAGACUUACCUAAAAAUGAGAAUUCAAUGACAUUUCUAGCUAGGCUGGAACAUGACCAUUCUUUAUUGCUAAAGCAUAUACCGACAAUAGUUUUGAAUAUAUGAUUUGAUGUGAGAAAGCGAAUGACAGCAGAUAUAAUUGUUACCACUAAUGGUGUAAUGAAUAUUGAACAUGGCGAUAAUUUCACGUAAUGUCCAAGUUUAAAAUAAAAUAGCAAAGCCAAAGCUUGAAAAAUGUUCCGUAUGCAAACGUGGUAAACAGAGCUGCAGCAUUUUUAUACAAAAGUGAAGAGCCAAUUAGUUGGCAAAAGCAGUUUUGUACACUAUUAAAGCGGUGGUGGCUUGUAAAAUGCCGACCAGCAGUAAACAGGCAAAACCCGUGAGUAACGCGAGAAACAAUAAAUACCAUGGCAUAAAUUCACCAAAAUGACAAACGGCGGCUGCAACUAUGAAGGAGCACACGGACAAUAUUGUCUACCACCAUUCAGGUGCUUCUGACUACUUCGACAUCAAUUUACAGUGGGCGUCGUUUUGACGAUGGUUCAGCGAUGUUCGAAAGUGUUUUGAAAUGUCGUUACCGUAAAAUAGAGUCGUGCGAAUAAUCAGCGCGAUGAAUGAAGAGAACAAAAGAUAAAUACCCACCACAUAUGUUACGCUCAAACUAAACGGUUCAACCUCUUUCACUGAGGUAUAUGUCAUUAAAUAAAAAUGCUAUCUGGUCGAAAUAAUUUGAUAUCAGAAAUCGUCAUGUUUUUGAAGUCUCACUGAUUUGUGUAGUAGGCAACUGGAAUAAAAAUCCAAACAACAAAAUACGAAACUAACAAGAAUAUUUAUCUUUGCAAAACGAGGUACAAGAAUCGGUGAGGGACUUUGGUGAGGGGGAAAGUUGGUCGUUAGUGAUCUCCAGUCGAAUGGAAAAGAUCCAAUUGCCAAACCAUUAUACCCGGUUAAUCGAGACAGAAGAUAAUUACGUUGACUGAACAUGCACAUCCAAGGAAAUGAUGUAUCCCGGUAACCAAUAGUAAAUCAUUUGUCCCACAGAAAAUAGGAUAAAAAAGUUGAGGCGAGAUAAUUUUAGCCAACGAUGAGUCAGAGGCGAUUCCUGUUCAUGUAAAGUACGGAGAAGCGCAACGUAUGGUUAACAGUGGGCCAAACCAUCUCAGGUGGCCAAACUAAUAAUCGACGCAUGAGCCCUAGUUUCGUACGAUGUUCAGAAAAAACUUUCUCGGUAAACACCAUUCCAUCAGCUUACCUAUAGGAUAGGCCGGUAGAAGAACGAGGAUUAUGUCAAACGAGUAAGAUACCGUUCUGAACGCAAAACAUUGAUUUUCUGUAGAUAAUAGAACGGUAAACAAUAUGCCCAGAAAUAAACUUCGAAAUGUAACGCACAACAGUUCUGGAUCGUCUUUGUUUAAGACAAUGCCAGCUGUUUCCUUAUAGGACGUUUGAAUUAAAUCAAUAUAAUCAUUGGAGAGUUCUACUGCAGGAUCAGUAAUUGAUACGUAAUCUUCAGUUACCGUUGUAUAUUCAGGCAUUGUUGAUGUCACUCAAUAAAAACAGUUUCAUUAUAAAGUGUAAAGCAAAAAUCCGGCUAAAGCGAAUCAAGUUAGUUUCACUUUGUUCUUACCUGUUUUAGAAAUCACUUCACCAAAGGCCAUUAUUAAGAAUGCUGAUAUGUCGGAAGAUGCCGUUAAUAUCGCAACUCAAGUGUUAGAAAAAUACAAUACUGAAAAAGAUAUAGCAGCGUGUAAAUAUCCUUCUCAGUGGCAGAUCGAAAGAAAAAUUAGAGAUGCAGAUAUUAGUUUAUAUGGGAUUAAUAUAUGGAAUGUGCAUGAUGCAAUAAUUAAUGACUUACCAAGGACAAACAAUCAUGUUGAGGGGUACAAUAGUCGUUUGGAAAGUAAUUUUCCAAAACACUCACAUAUUUAUCAUUUUAUUGAAUUGUUACGUGAUGAACAUUUAUAUCAACAUCAUAGAGCUGAAGAAUCAGAUAUGCAAAUAAGGAAACGAAAACAAUUAUACAAUAAUAUUGAUAGUAAAUUAAAAGAAUUACAUGAAGAACACAUAAAAGGAACAAUAACAAAUGUUUAA